GAGACAAAAGUUUAAUCAUGUCUGCACCUUGUCCUGUGAAUGAUCUAGCAUGGAAAAAAGAAAUAAAAAACACAGAUCCAAUCCAAAUGCUGUAACAUUCAAGGUCAAAGAUUAAGGUGCUGCUUCCAUUGAGAUGGCAUAGAAGAUAUUUCCGACGCAAAUGUAGGGUGGGAGCACUAAUCAAUCAAAACAUGGAAAUACUCUGAAUUAUCCACGUUGCCGAAGUACAUGAUGCUGAUGAAGGCUGGGAUUAGGAUAUGGCCAUAUGGGUGUUCAGGUGGGCACUUCUUCUGACAAGGUACAGUAUCCACACGAAAAGGCGCGGCGAGGUGGGCUUCCCGGAGCAGCUCCCACACGCGGUGGGCAGAAGAAAAGGUGACCGACAUGAAUGCGGCGAGGUUCUGCCAUUGCCGGUGGCUGCCAGCGAGACAUGGGGCAUGGCGGCGGCGGUUGCAGACAAGCUGCUGGAGCUCUCCUCAUCGACCUGCGCAGCACAUGCGAGACAGAGAGCUGCUGGAUCUGCCGGUGAAAACGAGGAGGGAGGUUCUGUGACGAUCUGCCAUAGCUUUUUGUGCUGCCGGAGUGGUUGGAUGAUCUGCGGCCUCCUUGGCGGAGCGGUCGAUCGGCGUCCUGGGAGAGGUCGGAGGCGAGCCGGAGCAGGAAGAAGACGACGAUCUGCCGGAGCUUUGGACUGCGGCCGAGCGGCGACGGCGAGGGAGUUGCGCAGGCCUCCGGCGAGCAGAAGCUGGUCGCAGGCGGAGGCGAUGCGAUCCUAGGCGUGGGAUUCAGCUAGCUGAUCCAAUCCUACGAUCGCACGCGUGGGAUCAGGAGCUGAUCGUGGGCGGGCGGGAGGACAGGUAUCGCGGCUGGCGCGGCCGGCGGAGAUCGCGGCUGGCCAUUGUAAGAGGUUAUUUUAUACACACGCAAAGCUAGCCAUGUGUGACAAACAUCUAUAUCCCGCAAACCAAAAAUGAACUGGACCUUGGCUCCGACAGAACCAGUUUCAUGAUAAAACAAUUAGUAAAUGCUAUCAAUUGCCUAUUCUCUUUUCGCUUUCAUUUUUUCCUGUUUAACAUAACCAGAGACAUAUCAUGUGAAACAUGUUACUAUACUU